AUCGGCCCAUUUAAACCAAAAUUCUUUGUUCAAAUGAUGUAACCACAACCACUCAUGUUCCCUCCAAAUUAAAUUGAGGUUAUAUUCGAUUAUUUAUUUACUUUUUUUAUAAAUGGAUGAUAAUCCGAAAGCAAGGGGACGGAAACACCGUUCAAACAAAAACAAGUACAAACCGGGAGGGGCUCAUGCGCCCCCUCACAAAACAAGGCCCCCAUCUUUAGAAUCCAAUUGGGAACGCUAUGAGCAAGAAAAGGGUUUGAAAAGUAGUCCUGGAAGUGACUUUUCCGUUCUAGCUAACGCCCCAAUUUCCCAUGGGAGUCAUUUUCAAUUUAAAAGCGAUAAAGACAUUGCGUUAGAAAUUAAAGAGGCGUCUGAAUUGUUUAAUUUAGACUUGGCUUUGUUAGAUAAGAGUCUAGGGACUAUUUCGUUUCAGCUCAGGUCAGGCAUUGAAAACGACUAUUUCACAAUAUUUUGCCAAAAUCAAAAAAAUAAUAUUGAUGAUUACUCAGUUUAUGUCAAGGGUUAUCGUCCAAGACUUGUUUUUGGGUCAGACGAUGAGCGGAACUCACCCACGCCUGAAUCAAGUGUGUCACCACUGCACCUUGAGCCUCCGAAGUCCGAUGAAGACAACUUGGAAGCCUGGCUUGACAAUAUUUUGGACAAUUAAUUAUUAUUUAUUAUCAAUAUAAAUAAAAUUUAAAUUUGGCGCCUUGUAUCCAGAUGGAGUCCCAAUCGUUUGUCACUUUGACAUUUACGAGCACGUCAAAUUUGUCAUUGUUAUCGGAUCAUUUUUCUAUUUUCAUUAUUAGUGAAAUCGUUAUGUGAGACCGGUGCCCAAAAUUUCACCCGCAAGCUCGAAAUUAGCGCAAAUUAUGUUGAUUUUUUCGCGUUCGGCUGUCAUAACCACAAAAAUUCGAAUUUCGAAACGAAUAAUGGAUAGAAUUAUCACUCGGAGUGUUUAAAUAAAGUCAAUUCGUAGUGCAAUUGCAUUUUUGUUUAUUUAUUCAAGCCAUUAGCGUGCAUGAACCAUCGAUUAUUUUAUUUUUAUACCUAUAAUACGCGCACAAAAGUGGUAGCUUUUUCGUAGAAUGAAACAAAAAAAUAGUGAAUAAAAAUGGAUAAUAUACGGAAUUGGUACAAGAUACCGAGAGCGUUGUUCAGGCUGUGUUUUAUUCUAGUUAACAAUGUCUAUUGUAUUCCCACGUACGUUGUAUGGAUGGUAUUGUUGUCACCCCUUCGUAAAGUCAAUCCUGACGUUUAUUGGAGGAUAGAAGGGUAUUUUUUCCAUUGGUUACUGGCGAUGGUAUCAAUGUGGAGUUGGUCAGCAGGAUAUGAUGUCGUCGAAAUGGGCGACGAUAUUGCAAAAUGUAUAGACGAUCGAACGUUAGUGAUAGCCAAUCAUCAAUCAACCGGUGAUGUUCCCCUUUUAAUGGCAACAUUCAAUCCCCGAAAACAGAUCCUUCCGAAUAUAAUGUGGAUCAUGGAUAGUUUAUUCAAAUACACAAAUUUCGGUAUAGUCAGUGUCCUCCAUCAAGAUUUUUUCAUAAUGUCGGGUAAAAGUAAGCGUGACAAGUCGUUACAAGCCCUUGUCAAGCAUUUGCAAGACUCUUAUUUGCCUUGUAAUCGCAAAUGGAUGGUGUUAUUCCCCGAAGGUGGUUUUUUGCGUAAACGAAAAGCCGUUUCACAGAAAUAUGCACUGAAAAAUGGACUACCAAUGUUAAAUAAUGUGUCAUUGCCACGAGUUGGAGCAAUGCAUUCGAUAAUGGAGACAGUGGGGCCUAAAGCUAAUAAUAACGCAUCAUCAGGGACGGAAAUUUCGACACUGCGUUGGAUUCUGGAUAUAACGAUAGCGUAUCCAAAGGGUGAACCGAUCGAUUUGGCCGCGAUAGUGUUCGGGCACCGGCCCCCAUGCAAGACAUUUCUUUUCUACCGUUUGUAUCAGUGUAAAGACUUGCCAGAAGACAGCGAAAGUUUGACAAGUUGGUUGUUUGAGCGUUGGCAAGAGAAAGAACGAAUGUUGGAGAGUUUUUAUCAAACUGGUGAAUUUCCGGGUUAUUCCGGAAGCGGGCAUCUAGUCGAACAAGACUAUUUACGUUACGUCAUUUUGCACUUGUUUUUCAUAAUUUCGACGUACAUUCAUGUGCAGAUUUUCCAAGCAGCUUAUCAUUAUUGCACUUGUUUGAUUUACUAGCGUUCCGUUCUCGCAUAUCUAAUCUGUUUGGUGCGUUUGUAUCUGUGACAGAUUGGAUUGAUGCGAGUUGGAUAUUGUACUUAAUUUUUUUUACCGGAAAAUUGGGUAAAUAAUAAUAAAACACGGAACAAUCUUGCCUUGUGUUUAUGACGACGUAAUCAUACAAUAAUAAGCGUAGAUUUUGUACAGUAGUUUAGGACCAAUUGUGCAUUUUGUGUUUAGGUUGAUUUUUUUCUCUCACGGCGAAAUUUGAGGCUCAAUCGUUGACGACGUCCAUUUUUUAUGAAGAUAUUUUAGCACCGCACUCAUCUCGAUUUUUUAAUUCGCUUGUGUUUUAAAUUUUUCAAGGUUAACUUAUUAUGUAUACAUAUUUUUGUAAAUUUCAAAGUUUCUUUGUAAUAAAAAAUUCAUGAGAA